AGUGAUAUGUGGGGAGCAGGGAGGGCAGGACUGGGAUGACUCGCCCCUGGUGCUCUGACACUUUGAGCUGCACCCCCAAGACAGUGUUUGGAUUCAAACCAGAGCCAGCAUGACCAGUAACAGUAACUUGUGACUUCACAGUCAGCCACAGAAUUCUGCCAUCAUGGUUCCCCUUGGAAACCUGCAAAGAUUCUGCAGCAGGCUCACUUGGCAGCAUUUUAGAUUAGCUGAAGCAUCUUCGAUAAAUUGGCUGUCUUCGGCUGUCAGUUUAUUAGCAGCUUAUCUGCUUAGUUGUCAAGAUGGGUGGCUGUUGGUCAUGUGUGGCCUGCAGGUCUCACCCAGAGGCAGAACCAAAGGAUGAAGAUGAAAUGGGGGCACUGAUAGGUCAUCCCAGAAACCCAACCCAUGUUGCACCAUUUUCUGGGGGACUCCCCAAUGUUUUGGGGGACACUCUGGGGAAAGAGCUCAUUGAGGAACCCUCCAUACCAGAACCCCUUCCAGCACCUCGCAUCACCAACAACAUCCUGGGGGAAGAGCUCACUGAGGAACCCUCUGUGACAGAACCCCUUCCAGAACCUCGCAUGACCAAUGACAUCCUGGGGGAAGAGCUCAUUGAGGAACCCUCCAUGCCAGAACCCCUUCCAGCACCUCGCAUCACCAAUGACACCAUGGGGGAAGAGCUCAUUGAGGAACCCUCCAUGCCAGAACCCCUUCCAGCACCUCGCAUCACCAACAACACCCUGGGGAAGAGCUCACUGAGGAACCCUCUGUGA